GUUCCGUCUCGUCUUCGUUCCGUUCGCGUUUGUUGUUUGUUCGCGUUUGUUUGUACCGUUGCAAACAAUACACAAAUCAACAAUAAAUUACCAAAAUGUUUUAAAUGUUUAAUAAACUCUGUACCAAAUAAAACAAAAAGAAAAGUUUGAAAGCACGCAAGGUUUUUGGUUCUUGCUUUUUAGCUUUUAGCGCAUUUUGUCCGUUAGUUUUUCGUUCGAAUUUUCACAAAAAAAAAGCCGUUCAAAAUGGGUCUGUCGGAUAUACCAGUCAACUAUAUGCAGCAGCAGCAACAACAACUCCAUCAUCAUCAGCACAAUCAUCAUCAUCAACUAAAUGCCGCGGCGGCCGCUGCACACGUUUUGGCAAUGGAGAACAGCGAACUUUUGAUGAGUCCCAAGGACAAAAUGUCCAGCAAAAAGAAAAUGCAUUUACUGAAGAAAAUCAAGAAACGCUUUGGACUCGUUCGCCGCUCGCCCUCCUCCUGCCCGGGUCCAAAUAAUCUGCCGCCUUUGCAAUUCCAUACGGUGCACGGCGACAAUAUACGCAUCUCGAGAGAUGGCACGCUGGCGCGUCGCUUUGAGAGCUUCUGCCGUGCCAUCACCUUCUCGGCACGUCCGGUGCGCAUCAAUGAGCGCAUUUGUGUGAAGUUUGCAGAGAUUUCGAACAAUUGGAACGGAGGCAUUCGAUUCGGUUUCACCAGCAACGAUCCGGCCUCGCUGGAGGGCGCAUUGCCCAAGUACGCGUGUCCCGAUCUCACAAAUCGUCCUGGCUUCUGGGCCAAGGCGCUGCACGAGCAAUACUGCGAGAAGGACAACAUUCUGUACUACUAUGUGAACAAUGCCGGCGAUGUCAUCUAUGGCAUCAACAAUGAGGAGAAGGGCGUCAUUCUAUCGGGCAUCGAUACGCGCGGCAUGCUCUGGACUGUGAUCGACAUCUAUGGCAAUUGCACGGGCAUUGAGUUUCUGGAUGCACGCAUUUAUAUGUACCAAACCCAGCAGCAGCAGCAGCAGUUGCCACAGCAGCUGGCACAUCAGCAACUGCAACAACAACAGCAGCAGCAACAGCAACAGCAACAACAACAGCUGCCACAGCAACAGCUCUCCGCACACCAUCCACUGCAGCAAUCGCGUCGUUCGCUGCCAGGCGGCGGUUCCGGCAUCGUGGCGGACCACGAACUGGAACGACAUGUGAUGCCAUCGCUGCAGUCGCUGCAUCUGGCCGGCACAGCCGCCGGCAUUGUGGAGCACGAUCUGGCGAAUGGCUUGCCACCGUUGCGCUAUAACGCCAAUGGACGCCUGAUACCCGUGCCCUUCCACAUUACCAAGGGUCGGAAUGUGCGGCUGUCGCACGAUCGCUUCAUUGCCUCGCGCACCGAGUCGGACUUCUGCCAGGGCUAUGUGUUCACGGCGCGACCCAUUCGCAUUGGCGAGAAGCUGAUUGUCCAGGUGCUCAAGACCGAACAGAUGUAUGUGGGCGCUCUGGCGCUGGGCCUUACCUCCUGCAAUCCGGCGCUGCUGCAGCCAAACGAUUUGCCCAACGAUUCUGAUUUUCUGCUCGAUCGCCCCGAAUAUUGGGUGGUCAGCAAGGACAUUGCUGCGGCGCCGCAGCGUGGCGAUGAGAUUGCCUUCUUUGUGGCGCCCAAUGGCGAGGUCAGCAUCAGCAAGAACAAUGGGCCAGCUGUGGUUGUCAUGCACGUGGAUCAAUCCCUCCAGCUGUGGGCCUUCCUCGAUGUGUAUGGCUCGACGCAAUCGCUGCGCAUGUUCCGUCAGCAGCUGCCCAAUAUGGUGGCCUAUCCCUCGCAGCCGCAGUUGGGCGCAGCUGGUGCUUGUGCUGCUGCCGCUGUCGUCGCUUCCUCCACAAAUGCCUCCAGCUCACGCAUGCUGCCCAUGACGGAGUCGCUGAACAGCCUGAAUGCCACACAGCUGAUGGGCGCAUCCAAAAUGCAAUUGAAUGUUACCCAGUCGACGAGCACCUUGGCCACCAAUGGCAACGGCAAUGGCAGCCGCAUGAUCAGCAUGCCCUCCAACGGCGACAUCCUGCAAAUCCAGCCAAACGGCGGCGGCACCGUGCUCGUCGUCAAUCUGCCCCCAGCCAACAGCUCGCACGAUCUCAAUGGCCAGCUAACAGCUCGACAGGUCGGCCCGACAGCGACCACUGUUAGCAGCAGCGGCAUUCUAGCCGGCGCCUGCUCUAGCGGUACCUUGAUCAGCACUACCAGCAGCCAGCAAUACAUUGAGCCCGUUGCCCAAAGCACAAACACAUUGAAUGGCAGCAAAUGGAAGGACAGCCUCAGCGAUCAGCAGAGCACCGACUCUAGUGCCGAGUGCACGAUUUGCUACGAGAAUCCCAUCGAUUCGGUGCUCUACAUGUGCGGGCACAUGUGCAUGUGCUACGAUUGCGCCAUCGAGCAGUGGCGUGGCGUUGGAGGUGGACAAUGUCCGCUCUGUCGAGCGGUGAUUCGCGAUGUCAUUCGCACUUACACCACUUAGAAUGCCAAUC